AUGCCGGCGGCUUCGUACACGUGCGAAAAGGAGCUGCGUGCGAUGGACAUUGGGCACAUCCAGGACGAUUUGAUCCGGGAGCUUAUGCUGUUCAUCGCGGGAGCAGACUUUCAGUCGGCGUUCGAGGCGUUCUUCCUCAAGCACGCGCUUCGGUUCACCGACGAUGACGAGCACAAGCUCGAAUACACCGACUUGUUUAUGCAGUUCCAAGACCUCUUUGAACGCUUCAUGAAGGAGUUUUACGCCAAGCACAGUGUCACGGAGGCCGAGUUUGGCAAGCGCUGUCGAUCGGCGGUCAAGCACGACCCAAAGGCCAGCGAUUACCUCGACGUUGUCCUCGCGUCGAUGGAUUACCAGGCGUUCUAUAACCUGAUGAAGUUUAUGCGCCGGCGAGCGGCCGCCGAACCCAAGCAACCUGCCAAGCGCAAGAUCAGCAGCUCGGCCAAGGGCGCCGCCGAUGCCACCGACAUGGACGCGGACGAGAAAGGGUCGGACGGAGCGGCGGGGGACGAAGGCAAGGCAUAUUUUCACGACGACGAUGACGACCAUGGCGGCGCCAAAGAAGCCAAGCGCAAGUAG